AUGGCUCGAAAUACACUGGCAGUCGUCAGCCAAAGCGGCCAGAGUCUGACAUUCUUCAACCUCUCAACUGGGGAAAAGACUGGCCAAGUCACAGACCUCAAAGCGGAGCCGCACGAGCUUUGCUAUGACAACAGAACAAACCUGAUGUACAUCACGCAUGCUUACAGACAUGGCUGGUAUGCCGCCCACGGAGACGACGCUGUUGAGAUCAGUGUUUUCGACUGCGAGAAGAGGAAAGUCGUUGACAUAAUCGAUGUGAGCCCCUACAAAGGGCCUCACUACACAGUCCUUGACACGGAGCACGAUAUCCUGUACUCAUCUGUUGAAGGCGGCAUCGAUGGAGCAGGCGGUAUCAUUGGCAUUGAUUUGAAAACGCAUAAGAUCACGAAGGCUAUUCCAUCCGGCUACAAGACUCACUGGUUCGUAAUGACACCGGACGGCCGAAAAGCUUUCACCUGUAAUAAAGAGGCUGGAUUCAUUUCGGUCAUCGAUUUAGUAGAAGAGAAGAUGACGGGCAAACUCGAGAUUCCGGGCGGGUGCGAGCAACCAGGUAUUUCGAACGAUGGGAAGCUGGCGUACUUUCCCACCCCGGGUAUUGGCGCUAUGAUGAAGGGCGAUGUUAAGGAGAAACGAAUCCAAGUCAUCGAUACCACGACUGACGAGAUUGUUAAGUCGAUACCCCUGGACUAUGGAGGCAUCACAGUCCACGUAGAUUGUAAGGAAAGACUUCUGGUUGGCCAAUACGUAUUUGAAGGCGACAAGCCAAACAUACAGAAUCUCAGUUCGAUGAAAGCGAGGCUGAAGGUGCUGGCGCCGCCUAGGGAAGACUUCAUGGAACUCGCAACAUUCGACGUGGACCCUAUUCCCUUGACAGUAUAUGCCUCGCCUGAUGGGAGCAGGGCAUUCUCGGCGAACAUCAUCAAGGGGACGGUGUCGAUCGUGAAUCUGGAUGAGAUGAAGUAUGAGAGGACGUUGGACGUUGAUACGGUUAGGCGAGCGGAUAAGAAGAUGCAUCAAGGUGCGCAUGGGAUGGCCUUGAUAUAG